ACUGAAAUCCAUAACAGAAGCCUUUUCAGUUGUGGAAAAGACUGAGAAAAAGAGGAAUAAAGGUAUAAAACCCUGAAAGAAAGAGUUUAAAAAAAAUACAGAGUUCCAGAUAACUUUUUUGAAGCACUAAAAUAAAAUGCAAAGAGAUGGAGUGAGAGCGAAGAGAAAAAAGAGCACGGUCAUGCUUUGUCGGCCAUCUCUUUCCUACAUAUCCUUCACAUCUCCACCAAGCAAAAGAAAGAUUUUCUUCAAAUCAUUCUGUACAUAGACAAAUUGAAAACACUUGGCCUUUCUAAGUUGCUUUUAACUUAAUCCUAGAAAAAGAAAGCUGUUAGUUUAUUGAACUUUGAGUCCAUAUCACAAAAGACCAAUGAGAAACUGCAUAGAAAAAACAGUUCAUAUUUAAUGCAACCCCAGUUCAUAUUUGCAAUCAAAGUUUGAGACUCUGAGGUUUCCUUGUAUAAAUAUUUUCUGGGAAACGCAGAAAACUUUUCCUGCAGUAGUUGUUUUCCUUGGAAGGGUUCUUCAUGAACUCUAUAGAGGCUGGGUUUGUGGGAACCUGAUGAUCAUGUCAUGGGAGUAGAUUUAUAUGUAUCUGGAUAGUUCAUGUUUCUGGGAUUUGGUUUGAGUCCUUUCAGCCUUAAUAUUUCUAUUCUUCAUGUGAAUGCACCUUUGGAUAUGGAGAGAUCAUUAUCAUGUAGACUGUUCACUGUUUUUAUUCUUAUUCAUGUCCUUUUGGUUCAUCAAUCCAUAGGGCUCAACUCUGAGGGUCAAUAUCUUCUUGAUAUUAAGAGUAAGCUUGUUGACAAGUUCAAUUAUCUGGGUAAUUGGAACCCCAAUGAUCCAACUCCUUGUGGAUGGGAAGGUGUGAAUUGCACCACCAUUGAUUAUUACAAUCCAGUAGUCCAGUCUCUUAAUUUGAGUUCAAUGAACCUUUCUGGUUUUUUGUCCCCAAGCAUUGGUGGAUUGGUUCAGUUGACUUCCCUUGAUCUUUCUUCCAAUGGGUUGUCUCGUAACAUUCCUGAAGAGAUUGGAAAUUGUUCAAGUUUGGAGGUUCUCAAUCUAAAUAACAACAAAUUUGAAGCUCAUAUUCCCAAAGAACUAGGCAGCCUUUCUAGUUUGACGACUCUAAAUAUAUUCAACAAUAGAUUAUCAGGGCCUUUACCUGACGAGAUUGGAAAUCUUUCUUCUUUGACACAAUUGGUUGCAUACAGCAACAACUUUAGUGGAUCAUUGCCGAGUUCUCUUGGGAACCUUAAGAGACUGAAAAGUUUUCGAGCAGGGGAGAAUUUGUUGACGGGUAGUUUACCUUCAGAAAUAGGUUCAUGUGAGAGCUUGCAGUAUCUUGGUCUUGCACAAAACGCAUUGACCGGCGAAAUACCAAAAGAAAUUGGAAUGCUUAAGAACUUGAAAGAGUUAAUCCUUUGGGAUAAUCAGCUCUCAGGGUCCAUUCCACAGGAGCUUGGAAAUUGUACAAAUUUGAGCAUUCUUGCUCUCUAUGACAACAAGCUUUUUGGAAUGGUACCCAAGGAGCUUGGGAACCUUAUGAAUCUCAAGUGGUUAUACCUCUACAGAAACCAAUUGAAUGGAACAAUUCCAAGGGAGAUUGGGAAUCUUUCUUUUGCAGAAGAAAUUGAUUUCUCGGAGAAUAUGUUAACUGGAGAGAUAGCAGUUGAGUUCAGCAAGAUAAAGGGGUUGCGUUUACUUUAUCUUUUUGAGAACCAGAUUACAGGUCUUAUUCCUGUUGAGCUUACCACUUUGAAGAAUUUGACAAGGCUUGAUCUCUCCAUAAAUUCUCUCUCUGGUCCUAUUCCUAUGGGAUUCCAAUAUCUGACAGAAUUGAUCAUGUUGCAGCUCUUUGACAAUUCAUUGAGUGGUAGCAUUCCUCAAAAACUUGGGGUUUCUAGCUCACUUUGGGUAGUUGAUUUAUCAGACAAUCAACUAGAAGGAAGGAUUCCUCCUCAUCUUUGCAGAAACUCUAACCUGAUCUUUCUGAACCUGGGGUCAAACAAGCUUACUGGAAACAUCCCAUCUGGUGUUACCAACUGCAAAAAACUAGUUCAACUUCUUUUAGUUGGAAACAGCCUCACAGGAAGUUUUCCAUCCAGUCUGUGCAAAUUGGUAAACCUGUCUGCGGUUGAACUGGGCCAGAACAAGUUCAGUGGACCAAUUCCUUCGGAGAUUGGAAACUGCAAAACCUUGCAAAGGCUACACCUUUCAUAUAACUACUUUACAUCAAAGUUGCCAAGAGAGAUUGGUAAUCUGUCCCAGUUGGUGACCUUUAACGUCUCAUCCAACUCUCUCACUGGAACCAUACCACCAGAAACUUUUAAUUGCAAAAUGCUUCAACGACUUGAUCUCAGCCGGAAUAGAUUUACGGGCAGUUUACCUGGGGAGGUGGGAACACUAUCACAGUUGGAGCUUCUCAAGCUUUCAGACAAUAAUCUGUCAGGGACAAUAACUCCAGCACUAGGAAAUCUCAUUCGUUUAACUGAGUUACAAAUGGGGGGCAACUCAUUUUCUGGUAAUAUACCAGCUGAAUUAGGUGCCCUCUCCAGCUUGCAAAUUGCACUGAAUCUCAGCUAUAACAAUCUCUCUGGAGUAAUCCCUCCUGAGCUUGGGAAUCUUGUUUUACUGGAAAACCUUCUGCUAAAUAACAACCAUUUGACUGGUGAAAUCCCAGGUUCUUUUGGGAAUCUAUCAAGCUUACUCGGAUCCAACUUUUCCUAUAAUGACUUAACAGGGCCCAUACCUUCUCUACCGCGCCUCCAAAACAUGUCUAUCAGCAGCUUUUUUGAGAACAAAGGUCUCUGCGGUGGACCUCUUUGUGGUUGUAAUCCACCACAAUCUUCAUUCUCUCUUCUUCCAGAUACAAAAAAUAAAGGUACCCGUUUAGGUAAAGUUGUGGCUAUAGUUGCAGCAGCUGUUGGUGGAGUUUCUCUUAUUUUAAUAGUAGUUAUUAUAUAUUUCAUGAGACGCCCUGUUGAAAUAGUUGCUCCUUUGCAAGAAAAACCUUCUGCUGCUCGAGUUUCAGACAUUUACUUUUCCCCAAAGGAAGGAUUCACUUUCCAGGACUUGCUUGCAGCCACUGACAAUUUUGAUGAGCGCUUUGUUGUUGGUAGGGGAGCUUGUGGAACUGUAUAUAAAGCCGUCUUACCGAGGGGUCAUGUGAUUGCUGUUAAGAAGCUUGCAUCCAACAGGGAGGGCAACAAUAACGUGGACAACAGCUUCCGCGCUGAAAUUCUAACCUUGGGGAAUAUCAGGCACCGAAAUAUUGUGAAGCUUUAUGGUUUCUGCUACCACCAAGGUUCCAAUCUGCUUCUUUAUGAAUACAUGUCACGGGGCAGUUUGGGAGAGCUGCUUCAUGGGGCAUCUUGCAAUCUUGAUUGGAGGACCAGAUUCCUGAUUGCCUUGGGGGCUGCUCAAGGUCUCGCUUAUUUGCAUCAUGAUUGCAAGCCUAGAAUUUUUCACCGUGAUAUAAAGUCCAAUAACAUUUUGCUUGAUGACAAGUUUGAAGCUCAUGUUGGCGACUUUGGAUUGGCAAAAGUGAUUGACAUGCCUCAAUCCAAGUCAAUGUCUGCAAUUGCAGGUUCUUAUGGCUACAUUGCUCCAGAAUAUGCAUACACCAUGAAAGUCACAGAGAAAUGUGACAUCUAUAGCUAUGGAGUUGUCCUAUUGGAGUUGCUGACGGGCAGAACACCGGUUCAACCUCUAGACCAAGGCGGUGAUCUGGUAACAUGGGUGAGAAGUUACAUCAGAGAUCAUUCAUUGUCACCAGCAAUACUUGAUGCUCGGUUGAAUCAACAAGAUGAGAGUACCAUCUCUCAUAUGAUAAUUGUCCUGAAAAUUGCUUUGAUAUGCACAAGUAUGUCUCCUUUUGAAAGACCAACAAUGCGGGAAGUUGUUUUGAUGCUCAUCGAGUCCAACAGGCGCGAAAGCCACUUCGAUACCUCACCUAGUCAUGACACUGAUUGACUUGGAUGAACCCUGAUAUAUUGUAGGUAUAAUAAUUUUGAUUAACCAGGAUGAUUUUUAUUUUUUGUUUACAGUUGUACUUGUAGAAAAUAGCAGACUCUCUUCGUAUAUUCCCUCAUACAUAGAACAUCAUGCUCACUCUUAUUACAGUC